AUGGAUUCGGCGAACCUCUUCGGUUCUGGCCUUCGAUCCAUUCACCGUUUUCUACUUGCUUUGUUGGGCCGAUACUUCCUUGCGGCAUCACGACAGUGGUCAAUACGCCCCGUGACAGACCACAGCGAAAUAUCUGAAAAGUUGCCUUCUCCAUCCUCACAGCUUUUAAUCUCCGGCCAUAGUUUCGGUCCACGUGUUGAGGUACGAUUCGAGAGUAUCCACAGUGCCUUUGAAUUCUCCGCGCGCAUCAAUCCCGCUCAGGCAGCUGUUGUGGACCACCUUGGAAAUUCCCUUUCGUACGGAGAGCUGGAUAGGCUGUCCUUACGCCUCGCCUCAUAUCUGAGGUCACAGGGCGUCGGUCAUGGAUCUCUUGUUGGCCUCGUCGUUCAGCGGUCAAUUCCUCAAGUGGUUGCUAUCCUUGGCGUUCUUCGCUCUGGCGCCGCGUAUAUACCCUUGGACGGCGACGCCAUAACCGACGAUACCCUGAUGGGUAUCAUGGACAAUGCUGAUCCCUCCUACAUAUUGAUAUCUAAAGGGUGUAUCUCUCGCGCGGGUAUUUUGAGUCAUCCAUAUGGCUGCUUAGAAGACGUCCUUGAUAUGAUCGAUCAGUCCCAAGACGUAUACGCCGACGUUAGCAACCUUAGGUCCCGAAGAUCUGACACAGCCUAUAUUAUAUUCACUUCGGGUACCACAGGAAAGCCUAAGGGAGUCAUGGUGAGUCAUUCUAAUGUUGUAAAUCUGCUGUCCCUGGCUCCAGGAAACCUGGGUAUCAAGCCGGGAGUCAAGGUUGCGCAGCUCAUGAACGUUGCCUUUGACAUGUGCGCAUGGGAGACCCUUGGCUGUUUGAUGAACGGGGGAACUCUGUACCUGCGAGGACCGCAUCGGUGCGACUGGAUCAAGGUUAUGAAGACGGUUGAUGUCCUUAUUGCUACACCUUCUAUACUGGUCCCCCAUGAUCCGAAGGAUUUCCCGAAUAUACGCGUCGUUGCUACUGCAGGGGAGCCAUGUCCUCAGUCUUUGGCGGAUAAAUGGGCUAUGCAGACAAUAUUCUAUAACUGCUGUGGACCUACAGAGGUAUGUGCAAGUACAACGAUGAUGUCAAUGCCUCAUACUUCUUUCCAGAUCACUAUUGUCAAUACCAUGCACCGUCACAUUCCCAAUACCAUCCUCUCUAUAGGGAAGCCGACACCUAACAACAACGUCUACAUCCUGGACGACUACCUCCGGCCUGUACCUGUUGGAGUGGUUGGAAUCAUGUGGGCUGGCGGGGAUGGUGUUUCGAAAGGGUACCUUGGAUUGGAUGAUCUAACAUCUAAGAGGUUCUUGGCAGAUCCCUUCAGAGGCGGGUAUUGUUCUAAUUUUAACAGGGCAAUGUAUAACACCGGCGACAUCGGCAGAUGGAGGGACGAUGGCUCCAUCGACCAUCUAGGGCGCGUCGAUGAUCAAGUUAAGAUUAAAGGAUUUCGAGUUGAGCUGGAUGGUGUUGGUGCUGCCAUGCUUACUUGUCCCGAUGUGACUAGUGCUUGCGCUGUUCUCGUCGGCGACGAGCUCUUCGGUUUCUACGCCCCUCCCUCGGUCGAGAUUGCUCCUGUUCGAGAUGUUGUAUGCCGGAUGCUGCCGCGAUACUCUGUACCGUCUAAAUUCAUAUCACUAUCCUCCCUUCCCCUGACAAAGAACGGGAAAAUAAACAAGGCCGAACUUAGAGCAAUUGCUGCGCAAGGAACCUCAACACAAACAUCCCAAACACGAUAG